AUGGCGAGCAAGUUCCAGAGCAGCAUCAAGCCGUCCUUAGAGUUCCCGGGAGAAAUGGGGUUUCCAUUCAGCGUAGGUCGAGAAUCUCCUUUCAAAGACUCAGUAGACGCUGGAUUCACUCUUCGUACGGGCUGUUUGGGUAGGAACGCUGAGUUAAGUAAUUGUUGUAGUGGAGGAGUUAUAACCGGAUCCGUCGUUCGGAAAUAUCAAAGCGUGGAGGACGGAAAAGAACCGCUACUGGGGGCAGGUAUUGGGAGCGAGGUCCAGAUGAGCGGAUAUAGUAAUUGUUGUGUUGGGAUGUUACGAUACGAUAACGUAAUAGAUACAAGUCGUUUUGUUAAAGAGAGCUUUUCUUUCGGUGGGCACUAG